CCGUCGACUGCCGCGGGCUUCGGAGGUGGCCGAUAUUCUUACUUGGACGGUGAGACGAAAGCUGCACAACUUAAAGACGCUUUAUCCCAGGUGGAAGAGGGUUAAUUCGCUGCUUGCGUACCUGCAUUCCUGGUUUACAAUCGGAAACAUCUCGGACAUUUAUAUUUUUAUCUUCACGUCCUACACUUCCAUCUUUCCUUCUCCAACUACAUCAUCCACUCCAUCCUUGCAACCAUGUCUUCCCCCGUCACUGCGGCCCGCUACGGCAAGGACAAUGUCCGAGUAUACAAAGUCCACCGGGACGAGAAGACAGGCGUACAGACCGUGGUUGAGAUGACGGUGUGCGUUCUAUUGGAGGGAGAAAUCGACACCUCGUACACGCAAGCCGACAACAGCGUGGUGGUAGCCACGGACUCGAUCAAAAACACGAUCUACAUCCUGGCCAAACAGAACCCAGUGACACCGCCGGAGCUCUUCGGCUCGAUCCUGGGCCACCACUUCGUAACCAAGUACAAGCACAUUCACGCGGCGCACGCGCACAUCAUCACGCACCGGUGGACGCGCAUGACGAUCGACGGGCGGCCGCAUCCGCACUCGUUCCUGCGCGACGGCGAGGAGACGCGCAACGUGCAGGUCGACGUGGUCGAGAACGCCCCCUCCUCCUCCCCCUCCUCGGCGGGGAAGACGGGGACGAUCGAUAUCGAUAUCAAGUCGUCGCUGGCCAAGCUGACCGUGCUGAAGAGCACCAACUCGCAGUUCUGGGGCUUCGUGCGCGACGAGUACACCACCCUACCGGAGACCUGGGACCGCAUCCUCAGCACUGACGUCGAGGCCGCCUGGCAGUGGCAGCGGUUCGCGGGGCUGGACGCCGUGCGCGCCGCCGUGCCUCGCUUCGAUACUACCUGGGCCGCUGCCCGCGAGAUCACCCUCAAGACCUUCGCUGAGGACAACUCCGCCAGCGUCCAGAAUACCAUGUACAAGAUGGCGGAGCAGAUCCUGGAGAAGCAGCCUUUGCUGGAGACCGUCGAGUAUGCGCUGCCCAAUAAGCAUUACUUCGAAAUUGAUCUGAGCUGGCACAAGGGUUUGAAGAACACUGGCAAGGACGCCGAGGUGUAUGCGCCUCAGAGCGGCCCCAACGGUCUCAUCAAGUGCACGGUUGGUCGCAAGACCAAGGCUAAGCUGUAGUUUCUCCUUGUGGGGUUUGUCCCAGAUGUCGUUUUUUUUUCCAGCGAUUUACUUUUGUGUUCGGCUCAGAGACACCCACUUUGUUUUGUAUAUAGUUCGUCGUCGGCGGGAUAGGGUAUAGCAUUCACUGGGUUGAAUUGGUCAUGAUAUAC